CCUCUGUGUAUUUACGUAUUCUAUACAGGGCGCGCGAGGCGUAGAAGCAUAGAAUCUGCUGUGCCGCAUCAGAUCAAUCCUGUGUCUCCAGGGUUUCCCGCCAACCUGACCGGUUUUUUGUACCUCCCUGACGCCCCAAAAAUAUCCAUCCUACAAGUAUACAAGUAGAUAUGCAUCCUGGACUUUUCUCCGCUGUCGGACUAAAAUCAAUUGUUUUACUUUCAUCCUGCGGCUUCCCGUAGCCCGGGGUUUCCACUACAUCGGGUCCAACAAUCCACUUCCAUAUUCCCCAGCCAUGCCCCGGUACCCCAGAAGACGAACGGCUGCUCAGAUACCACUACCCACGAACCUGCAACUGCAGUCACCCCUCCUCCGCCUCCCCACCGAAAUCCAACAGAUAAUCUUCACCUAUGCUCUCACGGCGCCAGGCCCCGUCAUCAACCCGGCACUUCAACAGGAGCUCGAAACGCCCGUCCGAAGCCUAGGCACCGCUCUCCCCCGCACAUGCCGCAAAAUCUACCACACCAUUCCCUUCUUCCCCCCUGCAGCUCCGCUCUAUCUAUUUACCGAAUUCCACUUCACUCAUCUUUCCGACCUGGGCGAUUUCCUGUACAUGCUCCCGCGGCGCCGCCGCGCUCUCAUCCGCGAUGUGACUCUCUCCGAUGAUGUUCUGCAUCGAUGCUACCCGGCCGUGGAGGACUGGAAACGAGAUCAUUUUGGGCAGCGGUACCAGGAUUACUGGGGUGGAAUAACGGUGCUGAAGGGAAGGACGAAGCUGUCGGGACUGCAAGUCCUCACUCUGCAGUUUCGAGGCUGGGAAGAACCGGCCGACGACUCGUGGGACGGGGCCGGGUGGAUGCGGUACAGCAUAGCCAUGGGCAUCCGAACCGCAGUCAGGAGACUGGCGGACCUUGGGCUGCAGAGACUCCUCCUCGUGGCUGGCCGUGCCAGUGCGGGCGUGAAGCCUUGGUCCAGUGUGAACUUCGUAGGGGGAUUGGAAGACAUAUAUCGUUACCGUGGGUUUCUCGCGUUUGCGGGGGACGCGGUUGGUGGCAAAGACGGCGAACCCAGGGGGGACAAGGUGAUUAGAUGGACGAGGGUAGGCAACUUCCUCAAUCUUGAGGUCGUCAUGGAAAGAUAUCUCGUCCGGAACGUGGACAGGCACUGGACAGGGCCUAGUCUAUCAGCGAUACCCGCUGAACUCGGCUGGCCCGACCGCGGAUCUCUGGCGUGGUCGACGACCUAUGAGCUCGCGCGUUAUAAAAGAAUUACCCAGUAAGCCGAACGGGACGGAAUGGAACGAAAGCAAAGUUGUGUUGUCGGGUGAUACCUAGACGGACAGCGUCCACCUAUCUCCAAGGAAUCAAUCAUCAACCCCCAUCGCAGUCAAAUUUCAAAGUCAAAAUGGAACUGGUCCUCAAGGCCCUUCCAGAGUAUCCGUAGUUCGGCCACCGGACAAACAACAACGCACUCUUCCAGCCCCAACCCCCUGACCCUCUUCACCAUGGCCU